GGCUGCUGGUGACGGCACAAUGGGGAAACACAGCUGUCGGAGCUCAGAAGCUGCCCCACGUUCUUGUGUCGUGCGCCAGGGGAUGGAGACUCGAUGGGACACGAGGACCCCUUUGCGCCCGCGGUGGGAUGAGGGGAGGAGGUCUUGUUGGCAUGGUGUGCCGAUCGAGCAGCUGUUGCAAUACCAAGGGGCAAGAAUUCAAAAAGCUAAAGGCGUCGUUGUUUCUCAACCGUGACGUCUUUUUGGGAGCUCGGGAGAACUCCAUGACAAGUGCCGAGACGAGACGUGCUCAACAAGGAAGCGUGGGGGCAUCUCUCUGUGAUAAACUUGCUACUCAUUGAAGCAACCUUAACCACAAUCCUGCCGGCAGCAACGUUCGAAACGUAUCUAUACUUGUGGAGAGACCUCGAACCGCAACAAAAGAUUUGACCAUCGAUUGGGUUUCUAAAUCGAGAUGGACUCAGGCCCACUGUACCUGGGGCUCGACCUCUCGACCCAGCAGCUUAAAGCCAUCAUCGUCUCCUCAGACCUCCGGGUCGUGUCCGAGGCCAAGGUCGACUUCGACGCCGACUUUGGCGACAAGUAUGGCGUGAAAAAGGGCGUGCUGGUCAACGGCGCCGAGAACGAGGUGUUCGCGCCCGUGGCCAUGUGGCUCGAGUCGCUCGACCUCGUGCUCGGCCGCCUGCGCGACAAGGAGGCCCCCCUAGGCCGCGUCCGCGGCGUCAGCGGCGCCUGCCAGCAGCACGGCUCCGUCUUCUGGGGCGCCGCCGCCGAGGCCCGGCUGGCGGCCCUCGAGCCCGGCCGGCCCCUGGUCGAGCAGCUGGCCGACGCGCUCGCGCACCCGUUUGCGCCAAACUGGCAGGACGGCAGCACGCAGAGCCAGUGCGACGAGUUUGACGCCGCCCUGGGCGGGAACGGGCGCCUGGCCGACGUGACGGGGAGCGCUGCUCACCACCGAUUCACUGGCCCUCAGAUUAUGCGCAUGCGGCAAAAGAGACCCGAGGUUUACGACAAGACGGCGCGCAUCUCGCUCGUCUCGUCCUUCCUCGCCUCGCUGUUCCUCGGCAAGAUCGCGCCCAUGGACAUCAGCGACGCCUGCGGUAUGAACCUGUGGGACAUGGCCGGCGGCGACUGGAGCGCCCCCUUGCUGGACCUCGCCGCGGGCGGUGCCGGCGCCGCCUCGGACGCCCUGCGCGCCCGGCUCGGCGAGGUGCGGCGCGACGGCGGCGGCAGCAUGGGCGCGGUGCACCCCUACUUUGCGGGCCGGUACGGGCUGGGCGCCGACUGCCAGGUGGUGCCCUUCACGGGCGACAACCCGGCCACCAUCCUGGCGCUGCCGCUGCGGCCCGGCGACGCCAUCGUCAGCCUGGGCACGUCCACCACCUUCCUCAUGGUCACGCCGCGCUACGUGCCGCACCCGCACUACCACUUCUUCAACCACCCCUGCACCCCGGGCCAGUACAUGUUCAUGCUGUGCUACAAGAACGGCGGCCUGGCGCGCGAGAGGGUCCGCGACGCCCUGCCCGCGGCGGCGGCCACCGCCGACAAGGCUAGCCCUUGGGUGGCCUUUAACAAAGCCGUCCUCGACACCCCACCCCUCGGCGUGCCCGAGGGCGACCAAACCAAAGAGGCCAGGCUGGGGCUGUACUUUUACCUCCCCGAGAUUGUCCCCAACGUGCGCGCGGGCACGUGGCGGUACGCCUGCAACCCCACCGACGGCAGCGCGCUGCGCGAGGUGUCGGCCUCGGCCGACCCCGGCGCGGCAUCGACAGACCCGUCGUGGUGGGGGCGCGCCGAGGACGCGCGCGCCAUCGUCGAGUCGCAGGCGCUGUCCCUGCGGCUCCGCUCCCGGUCCCUCGUGGACGCGCCGUCGUCCCCGCUCCCGCUGCCGGCGCAGCCGCGCCGCGUCUACCUGGUGGGCGGCGGGUCGGGCAACGCGGCCAUCGCGCGCGUCGUCGGCGACGUGCUGGGCGGCGCCGAGGGCGUCUACCGCCUCGACGUCGGCGGCAACGCCUGCGCCCUCGGCGGCGCCUACAAGGCCGUCUGGGCCCUCGAGCGCCGCGACGAGGCCGAGACGUUUGACGAGCUCAUUGGCGCCCGCUGGCGCGAGGACGAGGCCACGUCCAAAAUCGGGCAGGGCUACCGCGAGGGCGUGUUUGAGCGCUACGGCGCCGUGCUCGGCGCCUUUGAGAAGAUGGAGCGAGAGGUCCUGGCUGAGGAGGGCCGGUGAUGGACGGAGGGGGGAGGGGGCUUCGUGACAUGCGAAUAGAAAAAAAGGCAAAAUGGAAUGACAAUAAAAAAAAACGAAAUGAAUAGAAAGACACAGGCGUUGUCCUCUCGGCUUUCUUCAACUCUGAACCAUCCCAGAUCUGUCGAAAUACCUACCUACACCAACACAGCACUCUCAGCCCUCAGCAGAUUCAUCUGGCCUUUCUCAACUGCCGGCGGAGCAAACACAUCGGCACCCGGCCGCAAUGCCGCUAUCAUGCAGUCCGUUCGCGAUGCCUCCCCUUCCACCGAAACCAUUGGCCAUUUUCGGGAUGAGUUUGGUUAUCGGCAUGUUCAUCAAACCGAAGGAUCGGGGAUGAGAAUCUAUGCUAGCGCCAGAUUACCUAAUUUUCCGAAUCCUAGCCAGUCCCUUUCUUGGUUCUCAUGUGCACCAGCACCUUCCUGGGACUUGGCAAU